CUGGGCCGGUCGUGUGCAGCGAUGGCGGAGCCUGAGCGUUGUUGGAUAAGAUACGACUUCGAGAAGUGCAACCGGGAUAGCUGCAAGCGAAUGAUGUUCGCGCUGGAGCAGUUGGUGGCCAGUGGGACCAUGGUUGGCGAAUGCUUCGGCGACGCCGACUUGAUAGUCGAGGCCGCCGAGAAGUACCGCUACGUCGACCCUAUUGACGGAACCGUAACCAAAGACCAGGGCAUCUGGGUGCGCUUCGAGGGCGGCAGCCGGCUGGUGUUCCGCCUGGGCGGCACCGACAGCUCGGGCAGCACGGUGCGCGUCUACUGCGAGCGCUACGAGCCCGACCCCGAGCGCACCGACCUGGACCCGGCGGAGGUGGUGCAGCCGCUCUACAGGGCCGCCCUCGACGUACUGCGCCUGGAGGAGUUCACCGGCAGGACCAAGCCCGACGUCGUCACCUAACCCUGUCUACUUCUCU